AUGUCUGGUCCUGUUCACAUACGAGUAAAGUCCACGUGUCAUCCUAUUCAGCAUCUGUACGCCAUAAACAUGGAAUUUCGAAUCUUCACCGCUCUCGUGAUUUCUUUUGCCAUCUCAGGGUAUGCGUCUACGAUCCCCACCAAUGCGCAGCCUCCAGACGCGUUGACUGCCACCAAUACAACCCUCGAAAGCAACUUUGAUCGAUGCUUUACCGUCGUAGACGAACCUAUGGGCCUUCCAAUUAGUCCCGGAGGCUGCGAACACAUAGCCAGGUACCUUGAGUCGAUUAUAGAUUACCGCCAUGUCAAACUACACACUGGGAAAGAUUUGCCAAUUCCAUGGUCGGGUCCGGGUUGCCAAGUCAGGUUGAGGGCGGACUACUGGGACUACGAUCGAUUCGCUUUCAUCGCCAUCGCAAAUGUCAUCCGGAACAUCCUCAGGAACUGUCCGCCUAAGAAAGGCGUAGGCGUGAGUUUAGGGGGCGUUAGUACUGUGGGAUUGGAGAAGGUGUUUCGGGUCGAGGUUCAGAAUGCACCUCCAGGGGAGAAUGGGAAUGAUGAGAUUGGCGCAUCGAGAGAUAAUCAGACUGUCCAGGUGGUGCCGGUUGAGUGA